CAUUUUGAAUGUCAUUUGUGCUGUUAAAAACAGAGAUUCAUAGUAGAAGAUCCUCGAGGAAAAACCAGGUACUUAAUGUGGCGGUGCUGGUUUUAGCAGAUUUUCAGUUUAAACCAGCGACCUUGCUUUGGAGAUCUUCUACUCGGCGGUUUGGUCCUCUGUGGAUAGCAGGAGGCUUCUCCUAGCUUGUCAUGGAGUCAGAUUCGUUAACUUUGGCUCGAAAUGUCAAUGGUGAUCUCUGCUGCUUAACCUUCGCAUGGUUCUCUUGCGUCCAUAUUUUCAGAGAAUCCAAUCCAGUGGCUCACUGUCUUGCUAAAACUGCUCUCUCUCAUCCAUGUGAGGAGCAGAUCUGGCUAAGAGGAGACUCCUCCCUUGCUACAUUCUCUAGUCUGUUUGACUUGGGUAAUAAAAUUUUCCUCCACAAAAGGGGCAAAAAAAAAAAAAAGAGCCCGUUAUCCAAAAAGAGCGGUUAAAAAUGAGUUAACCCGCACUCACAAGAAGAAACCAAGCGAAAUUCCCGCCAAGCAGUACUUAAGCUCGGCUCCGUAUUUGACUGCCACGUGGUGUAAGAAAGAUCCCGAUUCUCAGCGGUUAUUCGGUACCGUGUGUCGGCAUUUCCAAGCCUCUCGCUUUCAAUUUGCUUCAGCGACAAUUACUGCAAUUUUCUUUAUCAGCUUCUUCUUCUUGUUUUUUCUUUCUUUUCAUUUUCCCUCUGGUUUAUUACCGACGCCACGCAAAUCUCUCUCUUUUUGCUACAGCUUGCUUUUCCUCUACCAGUUGGAUCAGUGGCCGACGAAAGAUCAGCGAUAUUAGCAACAAUUGAUUUUUCGCUCCUUAAAUUAUCUUUUAUUUUUCCUUCUUCGUCUUCUUUUUCUUUUGGAACGAUUACUUUCUCUUCUGUGAUUGAAUUCCAUCUUGCGAGCCGAAAGUCGACAUGUCGGGACCUUUGGAUCGCUUCGCGAGGCCUUGCUUUGAGGGCUUUUCCGGCAGUGAUGAAAGGAGGGAAAGGAAAUCAGAUUUUGAAAACUCGGAGGAAGAUAGGAAGACUAGAAUUGGGAAUCUAAAGAGGAAAGCAAUAAAGGCGUCUAAAAAACUCAGACGUUCCCUUCAUAAGAGGGGUUCUCUUCAAAAGAGGAAGACUAAAAGUAGCGAUGAAGAGAUUUCUGCUGCAAUUGAGGAUGUUCGGAAUGCUGAGGAGCUGCAAGUUGUAGAUGCUUUUAGACAGGCACUCAUUGCGGAUGACUUGCUUCCAGAAAGACAUGAUGAUUAUCACAUGCUUCUCAGGUUCUUGAAAGCAAGAAAGUUUGACAUUGAGAAAGCAAAGCAAAUGUGGGCCAAUAUGAUUCAGUGGAGGAAGGACUUCGGCACUGACACAAUCACAGAGGAUUUUGAGUUCAAUGAGUUGAAUGAAGUUAUCAAGUAUUAUCCUCAGGGUUAUCAUGGUGUAGAUAAAGAGGGUAGGCCUGUGUACAUUGAGAGACUAGGGAAAGUUGAUCCCAGCAAACUGAUGCAAGUGACCACAAUAGACCGAUAUUUGAAAUAUCAUGUGCAGGAGUUUGAAAAGAGUUUUGCCAUCAAGUUUCCAGCUUGCUCUAUUGCUGCAAAGAGACACAUAGAUUCAAGUACAACUAUUUUGGAUGUGCAGGGUGUAGGUUUGAAAAACUUUACCAAGUCUGCACGGGAACUCAUCAUACGGUUACAGAAGAUUGAUGGUGAUAACUACCCUGAGACACUUUGCCAAAUGUUUAUAAUUAAUGCUGGUCCUGGUUUUAAGUUGCUCUGGAACACAGUGAAAUCUUUUCUUGAUUCUCAAACAGUUAGCAAGAUUCAUGUUCUUGGCAAUAAGUACCAAAGCAAAUUACUUGAUAUAAUAGAUGCAAGUGAGUUGCCCGAAUUUCUGGGUGGUACCUGUAGUUGUGCUGAUCAGGGAGGUUGUAUGAGAUCUGACAAGGGGCCAUGGAAAGAUCCAAACAUUCUAAAGAUGGUUGAGAAUGGUGAAGCACUAUAUUCCAGACAAAUAGUAACAAUUUCAAACAGAGAAGGAAUGGUGAUUUCUUCUGAUAAGCAACAUUAUCCUAUGAUAAAAACUAGUGAUACAUCUACUGCAGAGUCAGGAUCUGAAGUGGAAGAUGCAUCUCCUAAACCAACCAGGAAUUAUUUGCUCCCAAGGUUGACUCCUGUCUGUGAAGAAGCUAGGGGGCUUGGCAAGGCAAGUGCUGCUGGAGGCUUCUCAGAGUAUGACGAAUAUGUCCCCAUGAUUGACAAGACUGUAGAUGGUGGAUGGAAGAAACAAGUGCCAUUUCGAGAGCCACAUACAUGCAGAGGAGCACUGCCUCCACCUCCACCGAGUUCAGAAAAAAAUCCAGAAGGAUUAUUUGCUCGUAUUUGGGCUCUGCUUAUGGCGUUCUUCAUAGGAUUCCUCACCGUCAUCCAUUCACUUCCAAUUUGGGUGACUAAGAAAAGCCCUGUGCCAAAUUCUGUCUGUGAUACUACUGAUCCAACCCUUGAAACAGUGACCGAGGAGGAGUUCCGUCCCCCUUCUCCUGCUCCAGGAUUUACUCAGGCAGACUCGCUCUCAUCUGUGUUGAAAAGGCUGGGGGAACUCGAAGCGAAGGUUGACAUGCUACAAAUGAAGCCUUUUCAGAUGCCUUGUGAGAAAGAGGAGUUGCUGAAUGCAGCUGUUUGUCGGGUGGAUGCUCUAGAAGCUGAGCUAAUUUCUACAAAAAAGGCUUUACACGAAGCUUUAAUCAGACAAGAAGAGCUUCUUGCAUAUAUAGAUAGGCAAGAGGAAGCCAGAUUUCGGAAAAAGAAGUUUUGCUGGUAAAGAAGAGUCCUGUGUACAGGAGGAGGUGUGCCCAUGUUUCUUCAUUCAUGACCUUGGCUCUUCUUCUGGAGAACUGCUGAUGAUGCUGAUACAGACAAGGUCCCUUUUGUGUAAGAAAACGAAAAACAAAAUGUCGUCUUGUUAUGUUUUGAGUUCAGAAUCUGUAUACAGCUUUUGAGAUGGGAUAAACUCUGAAAAUUUGAUUUGUAAGUUAACAAAGAAGGAUAAAGGGUUUCCUUCCUGCUUAAAGUUUAAUGUCCGAGUAGGUCAUGGACUGACUAGACAAUCAGCAUUUCUAUUGCAAGAAGAUGAAUAAUGUGUCUAAUAUUGAUUGGCGUGCGGUAAUAAAAGGGGAAAAUAUUAUUUGU